ACGAGUAACAAAUUAUAAAUGUAAAGUUAACAUUGGAACAGAAAAAGAGUUUAUACAGAUUUUCAAGAAUCUGUUAUCUCAAUGUCGUAUUAUAUACAUUAAUUAAAAAUAAGGGAGGAGCAGCGAUUUUGGACGUGUUUUUAUUUCUACACGUGGGCAAACAUGAUGGCUUGUUCGGGGAGGCGUCUCGUGCACACGAGGUUGUUGUACGUGAAACGAAAUCGCUUGGCCUUCAAUAAAAAAACGAAUGUCACGUGCUUUUUCACUAAAAGAAAGAUCCACAAUUCAGCCAUCCUUUCGAAAUUGUCGCAAUUUGUGCUCUCAGAUCCUGGUGAAGGAAUCCAAGAAGUUACUAUAAGAAAAUGGUUUGUUAAGGUCGGUGAUACAGUGGAGCAAUUUGACGAUCUUUGUGAAGCCGAGACAGAUAAGGCGGCGUUAAAUAUUACCAGUCCACAUAACGGUGUCAUAAAGACGUUGUAUUGCAAAGAAGAUGCUAUAGCCAUUGUUGGAAAACCUUUGGUUGAGUUUGAAUUAACGGAUGAUGAUGAUGUCACUGUUACUAAAGUUGAUCUACUCGACGAUGAUCAAGCUAACAACGCGCCACAAUCACAAGCUGUUUCUGUUGACGAUCAAGAGGCUCUACAUAAAGUAACUGGAAAAGCUCUUGCUACUCCCGCAGUAAGGAAAAUGGCCAUGGAGAAUAAGAUAAGCUUAAGCGACAUCUCUGGUUCCGGUAAGAACGGACGAGUAUUAAAAGAAGAUAUUUUGAAUUUCCUACAGCAAAAAGAUGCUCUUCCCAGUCGUUCAGAAAUCCUCGAGGGGGCUCCUUCCAUUGAGCAAUCAUCUCCCAACAUACCCCCUCGUAUACCAUCCAAGACUAUACCCACCCCACUUCUCUCUGUUGAACCUGUUUUGGAAGAUAAGACCGAGCUAAUCACUGGUUAUCGAAAGGCCAUGGUCAAGACAAUGACAGAAGCACUACGAAUUCCGCAUUUUGGGUAUUGCGAUGAAAUUAUUCUGAACAGACUAAUCACUUUUAGGGAGAAUGCAAAGAGCUUAGCCAUGGAUCGCGGGGUCAAAUUAUCAUUUAUGCCAAUGUUCAUCAAAGCUGCGUCAAUGGCUUUAACAUAUCAUCCAGUACUUAACAGUUCAGUGGAUGAAAACUGUGAGCAUUUAACUUACAAAGCCUCUCACAACAUAGGAGUUGCGAUGGACACGAGUCAAGGCCUGGUUGUGCCAAACAUUAAAAAUGCUCAAACGAAAUCAAUAUUUGACAUCGCCAAAGAACUCAAUAAGUUACAAGAGCUCGCGUUAGCUGGCAGGUUGGAAAUAGAGCACUUGAUGGGAGGAACGUUCUCUUUAUCGAACAUCGGAUCUAUUGGUGGUACAUAUGCCGACCCUGUUAUCCUUCCACCUCAAGUUGCCAUCGGAGCUCUGGGCAAAGCUCAGGAAGUACCAAGAUAUGACGAGAAUGAUGACGUCUACAAAGCUCACGUGAUCGUAUCGUGGUCUGCAGAUCAUCGCGUCAUCGAUGGAGCAACAAUGUGUAGAUUUUCAAACUUGUGGAAAUCCUAUAUUGAAAAUCCUGCUUCAAUGCUGAUGGAUUUAAGAUAAAUUGAACGAUGUAAAAUAUCUCUAAUGAGAUAACACUAAUCACGACUAACAUGACAAAAUAUCAAACAAAAAGUUAUACCGAUUAUUCAUAUUUCUUGUCGAUUCAGGUGCACGCAAACAAAUGUCAGUCGUUCAUUUUGACCAGCGGUUUAAACUAGUAACCCAUACAGUACUUGCAAUUCUUUCUUUAUUUGAUUAUCUAUAGAGCAGGACUAAAUUUUACGUACUAAAUAUAUAUUUUAAACAAAA